UACAAAAAUCUCCAUCAGUCAGUUACGGCGAAUCGGCUGCGGUGGUAGCAUAUAUCCAGACUGGCAAGUGGUAUACUAUAUAUUAUUAACGACCUCCAAGAUAUGGAUAAACUCAGAUAGUUACGCCGAAGAUUUCAAGUGUAGUGAUAAAGUUGUUGAAAAAAACAACGGUGAUAGUUUCGGUUAUAUUUUGAACGAGACAAAGUUUUAAGAAUCAGUGAUUUAAUAAUUGAAGAAAAUGUCUGCCACGGUGGCUCCAGCGGACCAAUUGACGGCGAAUGCCAAUAUUGCUUCGCCAAUUAAUGUGUUUUAUUUCCUGUUAGUUCCGGCUCUGUUACUUUGGUUAAUUUACUGGCGGCUGUCCCGGCGGCACAUGCUGGAAUUAGCGGAAAAAAUACCGGGACCUCCAGGACUUCCAAUCGUUGGGAAUGCUUUGGAAUUGAUCGGAAGCUCGCAUACUGUGUUUCGAACAAUCAUCGAAAAAGGCAAAGAUUUUAAUCAAGUAAUCAAACUCUGGAUUGGUCCAAAGUUAAUCGUUUUCCUGGUGGAUCCACGGGAUGUAGAGCUUUUGCUCAGCAGUCAUGUGUACAUCGACAAAUCGCCAGAAUAUCGCUUCUUCAAACCAUGGCUCGGAAACGGAUUACUGAUCAGUACAGGGCACAAAUGGCGCCAACAUCGUAAACUGAUUGCACCCACGUUUCAUCUAAAUGUGUUGAAAAGUUUCAUCGAUCUUUUCAACGAAAACUCUCGGUUGGUGGUGGAUAAAAUGCGUAAGGAAGCCGGCAAGACAUUCGAUUGCCACGAUUAUAUGAGUGAAUGUACAGUGGAAAUACUGCUAGAAACUGCUAUGGGUGUUUCGAAGAAAACACAAGAUCAAUCCGGAUUCGAUUAUGCAAUGGCUGUUAUGAAAAUGUGUGAUAUCCUACAUCUGCGUCAUCGGAAAAUGUGGCUGUACCCAGACCUCUUUUUUAACAUGUCACAAUAUGCCAAACGUCAAGUCAAACUGCUCGAUACCAUCCACAGUCUGACACGUAAAGUAAUUCGCAAUAAAAAGGCUGCUUUCGAAACAGGGACACGCGGUACCUUAGCUACCACUUCAAUCAAAACAGAGGAUUACGAGAAGCCAAAGAAUAUCGCUAAUUUGAAUACUGUUGAGGGUCUUUCAUUUGGACAGUCUGCUAAUUUGAAAGAUGAUUUGGACGUAGAGGAAAAUGAUGUCGGAGAGAAGAAAAGGCUGGCAUUCCUUGAUUUGCUUCUGGAAAGUGCCGAAAAUGGAGCAUUGAUCUCGGAUGAAGAAAUCAAAAAUCAAGUAGAUACAAUCAUGUUCGAAGGACACGACACUACAGCUGCCGGUAGUAGCUUCUUCCUCUCAAUGAUGGGUAUUCACACGCAUAUUCAAGAUAAAGUAAUCCAAGAAUUGGAUGACAUAUUUGGUGACUCAGAUCGUCCAGCUACCUUCCAAGAUACAUUGGAAAUGAAAUAUCUUGAACGUUGUCUGAUGGAAACCUUACGAAUGUAUCCUCCAGUACCGAUUAUUGCACGGUCUCUUAAACAAGACCUUAAGCUUGCUUCCAGCGAUAUAGUGGUUCCGUCUGGAGCUACAAUCGUUGUUGCCACUUUUAAGCUACACCGAUUGGAGUCGAUCUAUCCGAACCCAAGCGUGUUUGACCCGGACAAUUUCCUACCAGAGCGACAAGCUAACCGUCACUACUACGCAUUUGUUCCGUUUUCCGCUGGUCCAAGAAGUUGUGUGGGUCGAAAAUACGCUAUGUUAAAGCUGAAGAUUAUUCUCUCAACUAUUCUCCGUAAUUUCCGUGUCAUCUCCGACUUGAAAGAGGAAGAUUUCAAACUGCAAGCGGAUAUCAUCCUGAAACGAGAAGAAGGAUUCCAGGUUCGUUUGCAACCACGUGAACGCAAGCAUAAAACUGCAAAAGCCUGAAAUGCGAUGGAUUGAUAGUGUAACCUAAAAGUGAACUUAAAUUCAGGAAUACACCUGGAAUAUUUAUAGUUACGAAGAUACAAAAAAAUCUCAGAUCAAUCUGAAAAAAACAAAAAAACACAUUACGAUGAUAUUUAAGAACUCAAGCUAUGUGCAAGACCUAGUUUUUAAAUGUAAGGGGAAUAGAACUUAUGACGUUGAAUUAGUUAUUUUUUCAUAAAGCUUGUAUGUGUGUGAUGAAAAACCAAUGGAUCUAAUAAAUUAAUAAACUGGUAACAGUA